GCGUGCAGGCCUGAGUGUGAGGUACGCACGAAUGAGCGGACCAGAGUGGGCCGAGUUGUGUGAGCUUGAUGAGGAACAGUUUGAGGCGCGCAUUUCCAGGUGGCAGAGGGUGUUAGGAGGUGCAGAUGAAGACCCAAGCAUGGACUCAGUGUCAGCCUCAAUCCCUCACAACCUGUUGGUCGCUCACGUGUUUCAGGGUCGCAACUGGAAUAGGGACCCAGAGUUGAUCGUGAAUGGUCCAGCAGGACCGGUGUUGGCAGCGCGUGUACUUGACUAUUCCGACGACGGUCCACCGGAUGAGACACCGUUCCCUGAUCGCAUGAUCAUGUUUUCGGUGCACGAUUUGGUGCGAGAUGUCACCGAAAUGGUGAUUCUGCGUGUGGUGCUAAUUGAGGAGGAGCAGGAAGGGAACGGGAACCCGUUACAGCCAGUGUUGCAAGUGCCUGGACCUCCACCUCCCGAGGUCCGUGUCAUACAGUGUUCCGAUGAGGCGGGGAAGACAAGUGGGGAUCGCCCAUCCCGUCUUCCUGUCCCCUUGCCUAAUCCCACCUUCAUCCAAGCGCAUCCUGCUCGACCUCUUAGAGAGGUGCCACCUCAGGAGGAGGCAAUGCUGUGCAAGACAGAGGCCACUACAACCAAGGGCCUUGAGGCAAUCCUUGAGGGCCUUUCGGAACCCUUGAGUGUGAUGCAUACAGCAGCGCAGGAGGAGGUGAGGGCCCAUUUGCACAAGUGGAAGGGAGCAAUAGAGAAGGAACUCAGGUCGUUGAAGGAGCCUGGGGUCCUAGUCAGUCACUUUGGGAAGGAAGCGCAAGGCUUAAUCGCCAGACCGGGAACCACCGUGAUUCCCCUCAAAGGUGUGUUCACAGCAAAGGCUCCGUCAGGUCCACAAGAUGGCCUGUACCGAAGGAAGUGCAGGCUGGUAGGCUGUGGGAACCAAGCUUCCCAUGUUGAUACUGAUUCCCUGUACGCAGCUGGAGCCCCAGCCGAGUUGGUGCGCGCGUCGUUGGUGCAAGCAUGCCGUCAUGGGUGGUCCGGGUUCACCACCGACAUCAAGUCAGCGUUCACGCAAACCCCCAUACCUCAGCAUGCUGCUCAGCGCUACUUGCUGCGUCCACCACGAUGGCUUGUGGAGCUAGGCCUGGCGUCGUCUGACGAGUACUACUCGUUGGGCAAGGUGUUGUACGGCUUCAAAGAAGCACCAGCUUGGUGGAGUGACCACCGGGACACGAAGCUCCUUACCGCGUCGUUUUUGGGUUGCCAUCUUGAGCAGGGUACCUCAGAUCCGUCACUCUGGCGGAUCAUGAAGGGGGAAGACCUAAAAGGGUUUCUGGUGACCUACGUGGACGAUUUCCUCAUCCUCAGCGAUGGUCCUACUGCGCGCGGGUUGCACCAGUGGCUGUUGGAAGGUGCUGGGUGGGAGACUGACGGCCUCAGUGAGGCAAAAACAGGGGAACCAGUGCGGUUCCUUGGGAUGCAGCUUGAAAGGCAUAAAGACGGGCACUUCAGUCUGGAUCAGGAGUCCUACAUCGACGAGCUUGUCAGAGCCUACGCGUUGACCAGUAGCGACAGGUCAAAGGUCGUGUGUCCCAAGGAGAUCCUCAUGAGUGAGCCGGAAUCAGCACCCAAGGCUGACGAAGCGACCAUCAAGGCCGCGCAGAAGGUAGCAGGGGAAUGCCUUUGGCUGUCCCAAAGGAACUUUGGCGAUAGGGCGAAGGUUGCUGUGCUACCUGCACCAGACGAAGAGUUUCAAGUUGGCCAGCAUUCCUACGGGGGACAUGUGGUCGAGCUGUUCGGCGCGGAAUUGAUCCAAGCGGUGGAGGGAUGCAUGUACGCAGAGUCGCUGCUGACUGUGCUACAGGAUUUGCGUGUGCAGUGCAGCACGGUGCAGCUGCUGCUAGACAACACGGCCUCGAUCGCCUUUAUCGGCUGGGAGGUCAAGCACUGCAGAGGAGAGUACCAACGUGCAGAUUUGUUGACAAAGCCGUUGCCGGCUGCUCGCAUGCGGUUUUUGUGCGACCUACUGCAGCUUGGAGAGGGCCCCAUGCCCAGAGCUGCUGAGGAUCAAAAUCAGGUUUGCGUGUGCAAGGGAGAAGGUGAAGGAGGUGAAGAUGCGGACCAAGGCAUGCCGAUUGAGUGGUCAUGGGAGCUGGCAGUGUUGACGCUUUUAGUGGUGCUUUCGACGUUGUUUGUGUGGGAAGCUUCUGGAGCCCCUUGUCGCAGAAGGCGUGAAUCCACACCUCAUGUGCGGGCCGUGUCGGUCAAGGAGAGGCGGGCUAAGAAGCUGCAGGAUCGUGUUGCCGCGGCUAUUGAUAGCGCAGUCAGCGAGAGCCCUACCGGGGACGAAGGUCGUCCCGUCCCACGCAAGGGAAGGAACAAAUGUCCUUCCGAGGCAGCCGAAGCAGAACCUGGGCCCAGUCCAAGUCCCACCGUCGUCUACGGAGGCAUCAAUAUGAGUGCCCACUCCUCGACCUGUGCCUACGGG